ACACGAGUCAAACCCUGAUCCACAACUGCUCCUCCAGGGACUCAUACAAUGUUGUCGCGGCUGCUCGUUCGAACUUGGCUUCAUCCAAUGCCAAGUUGCGCAUAUCAGAAGAAGUUCAGAUUUCGGCGAACUUGUCCUUCUCAAGCGGCCUUUUGUGUUAGUGCGGCCUUUCCGGGUUGUCGUUCAGUCCAAUCUGUGUUUGCCUGACGCCGUCUCUGCCUGUCGCAUUUUCCUGAAGUUUGGAUCCCGACGAACUUCACGUUUCGGUGGACAAUAUGUCUUCGUCCAGGGACGAAGGGGAGCCURCAGCAACCUCCGGGAUGGGAUCCGGGAAAGAUUCUACAAAACGGUCGUCCACGACCUCGAGGACAUGGUCCGACCACGCUAGGUUGAAAUGGUUCGUCGACUGGUGCUGUGCUGAUGCUACGAACCCAGUCCAACAGCCGUGUGGUCCUGUGAUCUUCGUCGAAGCCAACAAGCGCCGCAGGGUUCUGGGGUCUGUUUUGCGGUGGGAGAAUGCAAAAGGCAGUCGUCGACGGUUUAACAUGAAACAUGUGUACGGUUCGAAGGGGAACGUCGUCGCCGGUGCCAAGGWGGCAGUUCUCGACAUGUGUCUGUUCGAGGGGUUCGGAGCGGGUGCUGCGAACACCCCRUUCUACAACGACCUCCAGCGGCAGGGCGGGUUUGUUUUGGGUCGAGAGUUCUUCAACCUGCUGGAGGACAAGGGCAUCGCCCUCGACAUCCCUUGCGAAGUCGGUCCCGACCUGGAACUGUCAAUGCCUUUGCAGCCGUGCGGCGGUUGUGAGUCGAGCGGGGUAGCGGGGGAGGGGGGUGAUYUGGGUUCCGGGGAGGCUACACAUGUGCAGCGGGAGGAUGCCARAGGUCAGUUUGACGACAGCGAAGAUGAGGCGACACUGUGUUCGCCGUUUUCGCCGUCGAGGGAAAGAGACAGGUCCAUGCUGUCCAUACCUGGGGCCCGGCAACAGACCGCAGCGGAUCCCGGAGAAGAGGGAGUCCUGUGUGGGUCUGACUUGGAGCCCGCCGAGGGCAAUGGCGCAGAAGGCGAGGCCGUGGGCGGGGAGGGAGCGCAGGGCACUCCCCAAAAAAGGAGGGGAGAAUGUCAAGAAGAGUUGGUGGGCUCUUCGAAGAAACAAAAGACCAAGACCCCGAGGACUGCGGGAGAGAAACGGAAGAGGAGGGGGGUGGAAGAGGGCCACCCGGGUAGCAAACGUCCAACUUCGAAACAUAAACAGCCUGAGUCGGGACCUUCUUCACCACGGCCUGCCAUCGACGUGGACGUCGGGUACUUCCUGGAGUACAAAAACGGCGUGAGGACAAGGCGGAAGUUUGAGAUCAGCCCGGCUCAGAUCGUUAACAUAAGGGAGUGGGAGGAUCUUUACAACCAGCGGUCGCUAGAUCCCGUCCUCGUGGAAAUGAUAAGGGGAGCAAUGCGGUCUGCGUUCAAAAAUAAAGAACAGACGUACGAGUUGCCGGUCUUCAAGCUCGCACCACUGGGGCUUCAAAAACCAACUCCUGGGACCAAGGCACAACGUCUAAAGCCGGAGGAGUGGAAGGAUGAGCUGGCGGGAGAAUACUACUACUACGUGGUGUGCGGGCAGCACAACGCGGUUGCAGCCAGGUCGCUGCUCGGCAGCGAGGUGGCCAAGAAGUACAAUUUCGAGCGGUGGCCGCCAUGGAUGGUGUACUUUUCCGACGAUGACUUCGAAGGGUAUUUUCUUGACAAGUGCUGGUUGGAAUUGACGGAGGACWACUACGAGCUCGACACGAGUCCGUCGAAGGGCGUGGUGGACUGGAAAGUGCCCCCUCCCAGUGGGCCGGACGGUGGUUCCGGGGAGGGGUCACCUGGAAGCGGAGGGGAUGGGGGUGGCGACGCAGGGGGUGGCAAAGGAAUCCCGCCUAUGGGGGAGAGAGGGUCUCACGGCCGCAACACGACACCGGGAGGCAGUGCCGGGGUGGCGGGUUUCGCCGUCGACCGGACUCCGUCAAUAGGCACCCGGCCCGAGCACACGACACACUCCGCCGGCCCCCAGACUUCGUCUGUGGGCUCAGCGAGGGACACGUUGGAAGCCUUGGUUGCUCUGGGCAUUCGCUCGGCCGGAAAGCCAAAGUCCGCCGGGAUCCGAACUACGCCGGGUGAGGAGCCGCSAGAGCGGUCCGGAAUGCGAAGCUGCUCGGGGUCGGGGGAUCCAAGCAUUGAUCGAGAAAUUCGCAGCAUUGCGGCGUGGGAUGGAGACGUUGGAACGGUGUCGCCUGCACGGGAGCGACGGCCGCAAGGAUUGCAGCGGGASGCUGCAAGUGCAGGGUCCGGUGACACGGAGACCACGAAGUCCGCCGAGAUCCGAACUUCUUCGGGCGGGGUUUGUCGGUGAGGGAUUGUCGUGUCGUUGAGAGGGGCAGCGUGCACGGGGAUGGAAGGGCGGUCCUCGCGAUUCGGCACAGGUAC